AUGUUUUCACUCUCACAUUGUCUCCUCUUUCUUUCAUUCUUCACUAUAAUUCAACUCCUACUAGCAUCACCUAACUGUCCAUCUUCAAUUUCCUGCGGAUAUCUCGGAAAAAUCUCGUUUCCUUUCACAACCACACAGCACCCAAACUGUGGCAUGUUAGUCAUACACGGAUGCGACGACUCCGAACCACAAUCCAAAAAAACCAUUCAAAACAACAAAACAUGGUUCGAUAUCACCAGAAUCGAUCCCUUCACAAUAACAAUUAAAGACAACGAUCUCCACGACAUACUGCUAAAAAGAAGUUGCGACAUUCUAAACUACAAUUCUAUGUUUACUGUCAACACGCCUCUGGUUUCAUCUCGCUUGGCCAAUUACAUAACCGUUUACGGAUGCAACAGCAACAACACAGUUGAUCUUCAACAGUACUAUUCUGUUUCUAAUUCCACUUCCAUCUGUAGAAACGAGAAUGAUUCUUUGAAUGCUGUUUCGGAUUCGGAUAUCAAGAGUAAUAAAGCUAUUGUGGUUAUAACUGAUUCUAUUCCUGCGAAUUCGAAUCAUCUCAGAGGAUGUUCAAGGGCCAUGAUUUCGACAAGUUUUGAAGUUAAACGUCUUGAUCCGGAUGAUCUUUUUAACUCCUUAAGUGAUGAAAUUACUAUCAAAUUAGAAGUUUCUCAGAAUUGUUCUACCUGUCAUGAUCUUGAUGGAGGUCAAUGCCGUCUUGAUAACUACGGACAGUUUUAUUGUCAACAAGGGAAAUCUAAAAAGACUCGUCUAGCGGUAGCAGUUGCACCUUCCACUGGAGCAGUUGUAGUUCUAGCAAUUUUGGGUUGGUUCUUGAGAAGGCGUUUUAUCCGCAACAAAAACUCACCAUACCAAAUAAUUGAGUUGUUUCUGAAAAACCAUGGCCAUCUUGCUGCUAAAAGAUACAGUUAUGCAGAGAUAAAGAAAGCAACAAAUUCAUUCAAAAACAAACUUGGUCAAGGAGGAUAUGGCAGUGUAUAUAAAGGAAAAUUACAAGAUGGAAGUCUCGUGGCAGUAAAAGUAUUAAGCGAAUCCAAUGGUAAUGGCGAAGAAUUCAUUAACGAGGUUGCUAGUAUUAGUGUCACUUCUCAUGUUAACAUUGUUAGUUUAUUGGGAUUCUAUCUAGAAGGCUCUAAAAGAGCUUUGAUAUAUGAUUACAUGCCUAAUGGAUCACUUGAGAAGUUCAUAUAUGAAGAUAAAGACCCAUUAAAGCUAAAUCUUCAAUUGAGUUGCAAAACUAUCUACAAUAUUGCAGUUGGAGUUGCUCGAGGAUUAGAGUAUUUGCAUAAGGGUUGCAAUACUAAAAUCUUGCAUUUUGAUAUAAAACCUCACAAUAUAUUGUUAGAUGAUGAUUUUUGUCCUAAGGUUUCGGAUUUUGGACUUGCAAAAGUAUGUCCAAGAAAAGAAAGUAUUAUAUCUUUGUUGGGCGCUAGAGGUACCGCAGGAUACAUUGCUCCAGAAGUGUUUUCUAGAAAUUUUGGCGGUGUCUCUCACAAAUCCGAUGUUUAUAGCUAUGGAAUGAUGGUUUUAGAAAUGGUUGGGGGGAAACAGAAUAACAAUGUCGUUGAAGUUGAACGGUCGAGUGAGAUUUAUUUUCCACAUUGGGUUUACAAGCGUCUUGAACUGAAUCAAGAACCUAGAUUGCGGAGCAUUAAAAAUGAAUUUGAUAAACAAAUUGUUCAAAAGAUGAUUAUUGUAAGCUUAUGGUGCAUCCAGACUGAUCCAUCACAUAGACCUGCAAUGAGUAAAGUUGUAGAUAUGAUGGAAGGUAGCUUGGAAUCUUUGCAAAUACCACCAAAACCUUGUCUCUUUUCACCUCCUAGAUCUCCCUCAAGAUCAUCAGAUUAUAACACUCAUACAUCUCAGGAUUUGUAUCAUUCAGGCUCACUUCAAUACACUGAUUCUGAACCUCUAAUCAUUACACCUUAG